GAACAUCUCUCCCCAUGAAUCUCCACUUUGAUGAGGCAUGCAAAAACAUCAUUCAGUUUUUCCCGUUUGGAAGCAAAAGCAAGCACCCAAAUGAACCCCAGCGCUCACCGCCCCCUCCUCGGCUUGAGCAGCCUCCGCAGCGGCGCCACCUGCUUCUUCAUCUCUAUCCUCCUCCUCUACUCCAUCUACUCUUCCACAUUCAUCAUCAACACCAAAAACCACGAUGACUGCCCGUCCCUCCAAUCCAUCUCCACCAAGGAAAACCUCCAGAGUCUCGCCCCUCACCCGCCGCCCCCUGUUCUCAACACCACCACUCCCGACGAUGGCGAUCGCGAUCACGACCCCUUAAAGAUCAAGCAUGUCAUGUUCGGCAUCGCGGCAUCGUCCAGCCUCUGGAACAAGCGCAAGGAGUACAUCAAGCUGUGGUGGCGGCCGGAGGAGACACGCGGGGUGGUGUGGCUCGACAAGAAGAUAACAAUCUCCGACGAGGAGGCGGAGAAGCUGCCGGAGAUACGGAUCUCCGGCGACACGUCGAAGUUCAACUACACGAACAAGCAGGGGAAGAGAUCGGCGCUGCGGAUAUCCCGGGUGGUGUCGGAGACCCUCCGGAUGGGGAUGAAGGAGGUUCGGUGGUUCGUGAUGGGGGACGAUGACACGGUGUUCGUGGUGGAGAAUGUGGUGAGAGUGCUCUCUAAAUACGAUCACAACCAGCUCUAUUACAUCGGGAGCUCCUCGGAGAGCCACGUCCAGAACAUCUUCUUCUCAUACGCCAUGGCUUACGGCGGAGGCGGUUUCGCCAUCAGCUACCCGCUGGCCAAGGAGCUUGAGAAGAUGCAGGAUGGGUGCAUCCAGCGCUACCCGGGAUUGUACGGCAGUGACGACCGCAUUCACGCGUGCAUGGCCGAGCUAGGCGUCCCUCUCACCAAGGAAGCCGGCUUUCAUCAGUACGAUGUGUACGGGAACCUGCUGGGGCUGCUGGCGGCGCAUCCGGUGGCUCCGCUAGUAUCCCUCCAUCACCUUGACGUUGUGGAUCCGAUAUUCCCAGGGUUGAGCCGGGUGGAGGGGGUGCGAAGGUUGUUGGAGUCGGUGGAGCACGACUCGUCCAGCAUAAUCCAGCAGUCCAUGUGCUACGACAAGGACAAGUACUGGUCCAUAUCGGUGUCGUGGGGUUACGUGGUGCAGGUGAUGAGGGGCAUCAUCUCCCCCAGGGAGCUGGAGAUGCCCACAAGAACCUUCCUCAACUGGUACAAAAGAGCGGACUACACCGCCUAUGCCUUCAACACAAGGCCAGUUGCCCGCCAUCCUUGCCAGAAGCCCUUCCUCUUCUACCUCACCUCACUCCGCUACGACCACAAAAGGAGGCAGAUAGUAAGCGUCUACUCCCGCCACAACGAGUCCCACCCAUACUGCCGCUGGAAGAGCGACUCGCCCAACAAACUAAACACUGUCAUCGUCUUGAAAAGGUCCGAUGGUGACAGGUGGCUCAGGUCGCCCAGAAGGGACUGCUGCAGGGUUUUGCCGACCAGAAGGGUUUCGGUGAUGUAUCUAUGGGUGGGGAAUUGCAGAUCAGGUGAGAUAACUGAAUUGUAGUUGUUGUUUCAUUC